AUGUCAGGAUUUAUCCAUGCCACGACCGCCACACAAGACCCUGUUCACGUCAUGGCCGCCACGUCUGAGUCAUCAGCCAAGAUGGCCGCCACGCCUGAGUCAUCAGCCAAGAUGACUGUCACGCCAGAGUCUCGACCCAUCAUGGCCACCACGCCAGAGCCUCGUCACGCCACGGCCACCAUACCAGAGCCCCGUCACGCCACGGCUGCCAUAGACACACCCUCCCGAUCAGUGAAAGAUGAACCUGAUGCAUGUGGCAUUGGAAGGGGAUUCAUAUUGGCUCAGUGUCUCCAGAAGUUGUGCUGUAUGACCCCCCCUCCUCCCAGACCAGAGUAUGAUCUCGUGUGCAUUGGACUGAGUGGAGCCGGCAAGACCAGUCUGUUAUCUCACUUGUGCAAUGAGAUCAGUGAUGGCACAGUACCAACCGCAGGUUUCAGCAUCAAGGCAGUGCCAUUCGAAAAUGCAAUACUGAAUGUGAAGGAACUAGGAGGAGCUGAGACCAUCAAGAAAUACUGGAGCCGAUAUUAUCAAGGUUCCCAAGGUGUGGUGUUUGUCCUCAACAGUGCCGCAUCAGACGAAGAGAUGGAGGCGUCCCGGUCUGAGCUUCUCUCGGCCAUGCAGCAUCCUCAGCUGUGCACCCUUCCUUUCCUCAUUCUCGCCAACCACCAGGAUUCACCGACUGCCCGCUCUGUAUCGGAGAUACAGAAGUACUUUGAAUUGCAGCCACUGGCCCGAGGAAAGCGAUGGAUUCUUGCAGGCAGCACAACGAACAACAUGGAGGCUGUGAAGGAGAGUUUUAGUCAACUCAUCAGCCUUUUGGAAGAGAAGGAGGUGCUACCUAGCAGGAUAUGAUUCAGUCAAACUUCAAAGUGAAGAGUGGGUUUGAAGUGUUGUUUGCUAAAAGGAAUUUUUUGGACUUGUUCGUCAUUGUUUUAUAACCCACUGGAGACAUAGAUGCAAAUAGCCACAUGUUUUGACGAGCUGACCGACAUAAUCGUUACCCUCAGGGCCACACAUAUGCUGAUUUAGUAGCAGGAGAGCCAAAGUCCUUUAAAGAGAUCAGAUUUUUCCCCCUUAUUUGUAAGCGUAAUAAGCUAUUUGAUUAGCUAGUGUCCAUGGCACUCAUCAUUCCUUCUUCCAUGUAGAGAAUGUUAGAAUGUUGUC